AAUAAUUGAUUUUGCAGUAUCUGGAAAGAGAGAAAUUUGUAGCUUGACUCUCUCUAAAACUACACAUAGCAAACUGAUUUCUUACUUUGGAACCAAACCCAGCCGCGCAGUUGGCGUCACCUGCUUACAAUGGAAGACGCAAACGUGACGGUGACGACUCUAGCAGACCUCCUCAACUCCCCUCGCCCUCUCACCGCCACCGCCUCUUCCCCCUUCUCCUCCACGCCGCCGCCGAACCGCUCCACCAUCCGCCGCGUCCUCACCGCACUGCCCCGCCCCACCGUCCUCGUCGGAACCCUAACCCUCCCCUCCCACUCCCCUCCCUGCUACUGUCUCCGCUUCUCCGACGCCUCCGCCGCCGUCUGCUGUGACCUCCUCCACUUCCGCCUCGCCGCCCUCAACAGACAAAUCCGCGUCACCGCCUGGAACUUCCUCCCUUUCAAGUGCCACGGCCGCGACGUCGCCCACCACGGCCUCCUGGAGAUCAUCAGCUGGCGCUUCUCCGACCCUAACAAUGGGUCCAAGUCCAACCCCGUGGACUCGCUUCCGCUGGCGCCAGAUUGUCAACAAUCUGGCGCCAGCGCAAGGAGUGUCCACGGCCUUUUGGAGUCGGUGGGCCCUGUCUCCGUGGUGCCGUGCACCAUGGCGGCUAGCAGCUCUGACUUGAAUUCAGGCUCCAAGGUGAACCUGCAAGGGUUUCUGGUGCAAUUGCUGUGUUGUGAGUGCAGGUUGUGUGGUUCAAGGGAGAUUUUAAUCGAAAAAUUGAAAAACAGUAGGGAGGAACACUCUUUUACCAAAUUGGAGAUUGUGUAUUUUUGUGGCAGUGCUUCCUCUUGGCACCCUGCAAUCACUAAGCUGAUCGGUACCCGCGUUGUAGUGUCAGGUUUGAAGAAGAAGCUGGUUUACGUGACUAAGAAGGAGUCUCGCGUGAUGUAUGUGACUAUGGAUGAAUCGGUUCUGCAUGUUGGUUCUUGUUCGGAGAAAUGCGCUCCGAGCUUGAAGAGUGGGAUCAAGGGGAAGGGUGAAUGUGGUGCUUAUACUGGUGUAGUUAAAGGUGUUUACUUGCAAGGGAUGGUUUUGGAGUUGGACCAUGACGUGUGGCUUCUUUUAACUGAUCAACUGCAUACUUCGAUGCACGGUUUGAGAGUUGGCUCCAUUUUAUCUGUGAGAAAUGUGCAUUUUGUGGAUCCAAAGUUUUCGUGGACAAAAAUUAUUAUUCUUGGGGCCUGCAUCAAGACUAGCAUUAUCGUUCAAUCCUUCUCCCCGUUGGAAACUGCGUGUAAUGUAGUUUCUCCAUCUACUGGUAUGCUAGGAAAGUUCACUCAGUCGCUGCCAUUAUCUGCAAGACUCUGGGUAUUACUUCUUAUCUCAAGCUUUCGUAAAAAGUUUGCUGGUAUCUUAUCUGACAAGGAGAUUUUGGGAUCAAAACAUAAAGAAGGGCUAGUUCAGAUUUAUGCUGGUUCACUUUUCCCUCCAUCAGUAUUUCAAACUCAGCAUGGUGCCUUCGUGGGACUGUGUACACAUGACUUGAAUGGCUGCGGUAGAGAACUGCAUUGUGGUUUUCUAAAAUUGGUAGUACCAUUGUCUAUCUUCAUCUGUCACUGUAUACACACCUUGCUAAGAAUUCUUAAGGCAGAAAAUCACUGUAAAUUAUUGCCUGUUGGCAACCAUUUCAGUAUUUUAUCACGUGAAGCCACAUGUAAUGAUAGUUCAUUUAGGAGGAUUGUUCGAAGUGAAGAUCUAGGUGUUGUUUUGCUUGGAUAUUUGAAGAUUGAUCCAUCAACUAGAAGACUGCAGCUGGUUGAUGCAACUGGUGGCAUUGAUAUUCUUAUACCAGACCUUCCCUUAACUUGGAAUCCUAAUGAAAUAUAUGAGGUGACGGACUUUGAUGUGGUUGUGGACAGCAUAGGCGAACUUGUGGAUCAGAUUGAAUUGCUUGGGAGCGAGUCAUUAUCAUGCAGAACAAUCUUUAAUUGUACCAAAGCAGAAGGAGAGUUAAGCACAUCAAUUUUUGUUUACUGCCAUUGGAAGAAUGCUAAAUGCAAAAACAUUCCCCUUUACUCAUGUAUAAAUAGUAAGAAUGAAACUGAGACUCUAGAACCUGGAUCCUACCAUUUGCUUAGAGUAUCUCACAAAUUCCCUCUUCAAGAAAAGUAUUCUAAUAAAGCAGUAUCUUGCAAGUCAAGUACUUUUGUUGAAGCCAUACUUUUUCCAUUCAUUUUAUUGCUUUCUGGGAAGAGUAGAAUUGCACAUCCAUGCAAUGCUUCUUGGGACAAGACAAAGGAACUUUCGAAAUAUUGUAUCAGUGUUAAUAAUGAAGAUAAAGUUUCCAAUAAGAGACAGAAACUUAUUAAGGAAUCAGUAAGUUCAUCAAAAGAUGAAUUUCACACUUCCAUCUGUGAGCUGAAUGCUUGUUCUAAUUCUUCCAGGAAACCUGAAGAGAACAAAAAAUGUGUCAACUUGAGAUCUUCUCAUGAUGUAUCUUGUCUGGUUACUUUUAGACGCCAUGAAAAUGAGAAUGUGGUUUGCACGGCCAUCUUGCGCUCUAUAUCACCUAUGAAAGAGACAAGUUAUAAUUCAAAACCUUCUUCAAGGAAAAUUUUGCUGGAGUUCUCAUCAGAUAGAUUUUUAAAGUACCAGUUAUUGCAGAUUGGUGAUUAUUACAUCAUAGAUCAUAAUAGAAAGGACUGCUUCAGCAGUACAAAAGAUGCCAACUUUGGUAGCAGUGGCAGUGCUAAAUUACUUGUUGAUUCUGGAAAACAUAUCUGGAGCCUUUCGUUUAUUUACGAUGAGAAUCUUUCUGAUUAUCUAUCAGAAUAUACAUCUGAAAAAGAUUCUUUAUCUUCUACCAUUGAUGAAGUUUUGCCUAAAGAUAAAAAAAUUCUGCCGAGGUCCAAUGGUGAACCUUCAGGUGUCUGUUCAGAUGUUUGCCUUUAUCUCCCCAUCAGUCUUGCAGAUGUCUUGGAGGAUAAUAUUAUGGAAUCGAAAGAUAGUCAAAGGUUGCAUUUUGCAAUAUCAAAAGAUAGUGCUAACCUUUCUUUAGGUACUGCGGCUGUAGUGGCUAGGCCUAAAUCUUGUUUUGGAACUCAGAGAUCAAGCAGCUUGUUCCCUGAGGGCAAUUUGAUGUCUCUCGAGGGAAAUGUUGUUGACAUUCAUGAAAUUUGCUCUGGUUUCAAUAAUUCAUGCUCAAAUGGUGCAAACCUUGAUGCUCUUCAGUUGAAAGGCCUCAUUGGGACUAGAAGCAGUUUCUGCAUUCACGUUUCAGUGCAUCACCAUAUUGUGAAUAUUUUUGGUUCAGUAAAUAAACAUGCUUUCCCUACUGGAUUUGGACCUGGUGUAACUGCUGCAUUUCAUCGAAUUCUCAAUGCAGGGGCACAAAAUAAAUAUAUGUUGCUGCCUGUGUCAUUUAUUGUAAUAAAAUCAAUAAAAGUAUGCGAUAAGCAAUGCAGUGACAGGUCCUCUUUUUUAAACCCUACAAAAGAUUCUGACAAUGCAUCUCAAGGUUCUAUCUCUUGUUUGAUUUCCCAAUUGCCUCAGAGCUUGAGCCACAAGCAAAUAGUUCUUCGAUGCAGGGUUGUUGCAGUACUUGUUUUAGUUAUAGAGAGAAAGACAACUCAUUUUAUUGCAGAAACAAAAGUUAAUGCUAAGGGGACUCUUUUGGACAUUCCACUCGCUUGUUUUUUGUUGGAAGAUGGGUCAUCAUCAUGUUGUUGUUGGGCUAGUGCUGAAAGGGCAGCAACUUUGUUGAGAUUACAUGAAGAUUUCGCCACAUGUUCUCAUCUAGGGAGAAUUUUGAAAAAUCACCAUAGAAUUACUGUGAAAAACAAUGGAUUAUAUAUUGAUUCUCCUUACCAAGAUCUUCUUGUUUCUGUUACUUCUGGUAAUGCUCUUUGCAGUUCCGAUGAAAACCUCCUCAAGUUAAUAAUAUUCAAUGCCUGCGUGGGUGGAAUAUGGAAUGUAGUUGCUAGUGGGAUGGAUGCUGAGGAAAUAAGAGAGUUGGAAAAGGAAUACCUUACAGAAAUGGUGAAUGUGCAAAACAUGCAGAAUAUAUGGACCAAAGAAGUCUCUUACCCACGCACCCUGGCUGAGGCAAGGAAUAUGAUUCAGGAACUUUUGAUAAGUUAAUGCUUAUGGUUAAACUGUUGGGAACUGAAUAGGAUUACAAUAUUACAUGCAUUUUGUGAAUAAUUAUACACUAAUGUCUAUGUAAAAUUUAGCAGAAGUAGCAUACUACAAUAGGCACCGACUGUUAGUGUUUGGUCCAACUUUUAGGCUUCUCUGUAAUAGUACCAAACACAUCUUUGAAAAGCUUAUAAAAUAUUUAGGCUAUUACCAUAUAUAAAAUCAAUGUCUUAAUUGGGGCA